AAAGGCAGAAACGCAGAAGCAGAAGCAACAGAGUUGCAGUCAUAAUAAGAGCAGACUCAGGGGAGGUGGCAGAAGUAUCAUCAGAGCCAUUAGUUUAUCCAUGCACAGAAGAUUCUGCAACCAAUAGACUCUGAAUAAAUACCCCCAACACCCGCUACUCUCCCUUUCUCUCUCUGACCCUCCUAAAUACCAACCAGCCUAAACUCUCUUUCUCUGUCUCUGAAGCUCUUGUUUCCACUUGGUUCAUCUUCUUAGACUUCUGGGGUUUUUGUUCUUUUAAUGAUGAGUGCGAGAAACGGGUCUCCGUUCACUGCAUCACAGUGGCAAGAGCUUGAACAUCAAGCUCUCAUCUUCAAAUACAUGGUGUCAGGAGUUCCCGUCCCACCUGAACUCAUCUUCCCUAUCAAAAGAAGUCUGGACGCUUCAAUCUCUUCGAGGCUCUUCCCUCACCAACCCAUUGGAUGGGGCUGUUUUCAGAUGGGUUUUGGCAGAAAACCAGACCCAGAGCCAGGGAGAUGCAGAAGAACAGAUGGAAAGAAAUGGAGGUGCUCGAAAGAAGCAUUCCCAGAUUCAAAGUACUGUGAGAGACACAUGCACAGAGGCAGAAACCGUUCAAGAAAGCCUGUGGAAGUUAUUACAGCAAACCCCUCUACAACAAUCUCAUCGCUAUCCAGAAACCCCUCCACCAUUACAACCAACACCAACACAACCGCCUCUUCUUACUCCCUUUCUUCACAAGUAGCUGCUGCUGACGCCCAUCACCAACACCACUCUUAUUAUAACACUUCACUUCACCCUUUACUCUAUCCCCAUUCCUCCUCUUCUAGACCCCCUGGCAUUGGAUUCUUACAUCAAAACAACUCUACCCAUUUGCUCUUGGACUCUGGAUCUUACUCUCAGCAGGGCAACAAAGAUUACAGGUAUUUUAAUGGGUUGAAGGGGGAAGUGGAUGAACGUGCAUUCUUUUCAGAAGCUUCAGGGACUACCAGGAGUGCACCGGAUUCAUCAUCACUUGAUAAUUCGUGGCGAUUUACGCCACUAGAUCAAUCGAAACAGAGAAAUAGCUCUGGUUUACAAGGUUGCUACUCUCAGUUGCAGUUGCAAAGCCUUACAGACAUCUCUAAACAACAAAAGCAUCAACAGGAGCAGCAUUGCUUCGUCCUGGGCACGGAUUUCAAAUCCGAAAGGCCACUGAAGUUGGAGAAAGAAGAGGAACCUCAGCAACCUCUGCGUCACUUCUUCGACGAGUGGCCACCAAAGAGUAGAGAUUCAUGGCUCGAUUUGGAAGACAACCGGUCGAACCGGUCCUCAUUCUCUACAACCCAGCUCUCGAUUUCCAUUCCCAUGCCAUCUUCUGACUUCGCAGUCUCCAACUCCCGAACCCAAAAUGAUGGUUGAAUUCCUCAAGUGGGUUUCUGAAUCGAAGGCCAAAAAUGCACUUGUUAGAUCACUGUUUCAUCUUCUUGGUUCCUCUAUUUUUCUCAGGUUUGAGAGCUCUUCCCUCUAGGGGUGAUUUUGAAUAAUGUGUGCCUGAAGGAAGUUGCGAGUCUUCUAUCUUUUUCCAUUGUUUAUAUUUCCUUUCUCUUUUGACUUCUUUCUAACUAGUUUGAGUGGUUGGUCUUUGAUAUUUGGGAUUCGACUCUUUUGUUGAUAUCCUGAGUGAGCCUUCUUUCUUAUAUGCAUGCAUUGCUUCAGAACUUAUAUUUA